AUAACUUACUGUCAACUGUGAGGCCGACCACAAAGCUCCACUGUUGCUCAGCAAAUAGGCUCUAUUGCAUGAUGGCUUGACUAGCUUGUAAAGUUUGCUUAACUGUAGCAGCAGUGGCAGAAGGCAUGUGGGUGCUGCAUCUCCCCACAGGCCAGGCGUCUUCACUUCUUCUAUCGACUUUUAUGCUUUUAACUCUUUUAAUUGUUGAACAAAUUUGACACUGCUUUGUUUAAGCAGAUUAGAUGCUGUUUAAAGCCAUGGCUGCAUUUGGUAACCUGGGACUCAGGAGAAAUUAAUUAGCUUUUUUUUUUUUUUUUUUGGAAAAAAUUUUUUAUUUUUGUUGGCAGUUGGUGCUUUUUGUGUUUUGGGAAGGUGUCAAAGGGGUAUGCCCUCGAGUUCUGAAGUUCUGGCUGAUGUGGCAAGAGAAAGCCGGAUUCAAGAGUGGAGGAACAGCUACUUCGUAAGAAUGUCUUCCAAGCAAGCCACCUCUCCAUUUGCCUGUACAGCGGAUGGAGAGGAAACAAUGACCCAGGAUUUGACCUCAAGGGAAAAGGAAGAGGGCAGUGAUCAACACCCGGCCUCCCAUCUGCCUCUGCACCCCAUAAUGCACAACAAACCCCACUCUGAGGAGCUGCCGACGCUUGUCAGUACCAUUCAACAAGAUGCUGACUGGGACAGCGUUCUGUCAUCUCAGCAAAGAAUGGAGUCAGAGAAUAAUAAGUUAUGUUCCCUAUAUUCCUUCCGAAAUACGUCUACCUCACCACAUAAGCCUGACGAAGGGAGUCGGGAGCGCGAAAUAAUGAACAGUGUUACUUUUGGAACCCCGGAACGCCGCAAAGGAAGCCUUGCCGAUGUGGUGGAUACGCUGAAGCAGAAGAAGCUGGAGGAGAUGACUCGGACGGAACAAGAGGAUUCCUCCUGCAUGGAAAAACUACUUUCAAAAGAUUGGAAGGAAAAAAUGGAAAGACUAAAUACAAGUGAACUUCUUGGAGAAAUCAAAGGUACACCUGAGAGCCUUGCAGAAAAAGAACGGCAACUCUCCACCAUGAUUACCCAGCUGAUCAGCUUGCGGGAGCAGCUCCUGGCAGCGCACGAUGAACAGAAAAAGCUGGCAGCAUCACAGAUCGAGAAACAGCGGCAGCAAAUGGACCUUGCUCGCCAACAACAAGAGCAGAUCGCAAGACAACAGCAGCAACUUCUGCAGCAGCAGCACAAGAUUAAUCUCCUGCAGCAACAGAUCCAGGUUCAGGGGCACAUGCCUCCGCUCAUGAUCCCAAUUUUUCCACAUGACCAGCGGACCUUGGCAGCAGCUGCUGCCGCCCAACAGGGAUUCCUCUUCCCCCCUGGAAUAACAUACAAGCCAGGUGAUAACUACCCCGUACAGUUCAUUCCGUCAACAAUGGCAGCUGCUGCUGCUUCUGGACUCAGCCCUUUACAGCUUCAGAAGGGUCAUGUCUCCCACCCACAAAUUAACCCAAGGCUAAAGGGCAUAAGUGACCGUUUUGGCAGGAAUUUGGACCCCUAUGAACAUGGUGGUGGCCAUUCUUACAACCACAAACAGAUUGAGCAGCUUUAUGCCGCUCAGCUGGCCAGCAUGCAGGUGUCACCUGGAGCAAAGAUGCCAUCAACUCCACAGCCACCAAACUCGGCAGGGGCGGUCUCACCUACUGGGAUAAAAAAUGAAAAAAGAGGGACCAGCCCUGUAACUCAAGUUAAGGAUGAAACAACAGCCCAGCCGCUGAAUCUCUCAUCCCGGCCUAAGACAGCGGAGCCUGUGAAGUCCCCAACAUCUCCCACCCACAGCCUCUUCCCAGCCAGCAAAACCAGCCCUGUCAACCUGCCAAACAAAAGCAGCAUCCCCAGCCCCAUUGGAGGAAGCCUGGGGCGAGGAUCCUCUUUAGAUAUACUAUCCAGUCUCAACUCCCCUGCCCUGUUUGGGGACCAGGACACAGUGAUGAAAGCCAUUCAAGAGGCUCGGAAGAUGCGAGAACAGAUUCAGCGGGAGCAGCAACAGCAGCCACACGGAGUUGAUGGGAAACUGUCGUCCAUGAACAACAUGGGGCUGAGCAACUGCAGGAAUGAGAAGGAAAGAACACGCUUUGAAAACCUGGGUCCCCAGUUAACAGGAAAGUCAAGUGAAGAUGGAAAACUGGGCCCGGGUGUCAUUGAUCUCACGAGGCCGGAGGACGCAGAAGGAAGCAAAGCAAUGAAUGGCUCUGCAGCUAAACUACAGCAGUAUUAUUGUUGGCCAACAGGAGGCGCCACUGUGGCUGAAGCACGCGUCUACAGGGAUGCCCGGGGCCGUGCCAGCAGCGAACCCCACAUCAAGCGACCAAUGAAUGCGUUCAUGGUUUGGGCAAAGGACGAAAGGAGGAAAAUUCUUCAGGCCUUCCCUGACAUGCAUAACUCCAACAUUAGCAAAAUCUUAGGAUCUCGCUGGAAAUCAAUGUCCAACCAGGAGAAGCAACCUUACUAUGAAGAGCAGGCCCGGCUAAGCAAAAUCCACCUAGAAAAGUACCCAAACUACAAGUACAAACCCCGGCCAAAGCGCACGUGCAUUGUGGAUGGCAAGAAGCUCCGGAUUGGGGAGUACAAGCAGCUGAUGCGCUCACGGAGGCAGGAGAUGCGGCAGUUCUUCACCGUGGGGCAACAGCCUCAGAUUCCCAUCACCACAGGAACAGGUGUUGUGUAUCCUGGUGCUAUUACUAUGGCAACGACCACACCAUCACCUCAGAUGACAUCUGACUGCUCUAGCACCUCUGCCAGCCCAGAGCCCAGCCUCCCUGUCAUCCAGAGCACGUAUGGUAUGAAGAUGGACGGCGCAAGCCUGGCUGGGAACGACAUGAUUAAUGGAGAGGAUGAAAUGGAAGCCUAUGACGACUACGAAGAUGAUCCCAAAUCAGACUAUAGCAGCGAGAACGAGGCCCCAGAGCCUGUCAGUGCCAACUGAGGAGCUUUUGUUUGCUGAAUUAAAACACUCUGACAUUUUGCUCCCUUUCCCCAACAACAACAACAACAAAGUUCUUAAAGAGCCCGCAUGCAUUUGUGGCUCCACAAUACAUCAGCAGAAUGGUCUUAAUUGCUUCGUAACGUGUGAGACAGAUUACGUUUUCCUGAUUUUUCAUAAACUUGAGUUUUUGUCGUUACCGUUACUGUUGUUGUUUAUUUAGGUGAAGACGUAUUAAAUAUGAGACACCGGGACUUGGAAACCUAUCUCCGCCCAUCGCCGUCUUACGAGUCUUACAUUUCUGUCUUACUAUUUUUCUUUUGGAUGUUGACAAAGGGUUUAAGUUACUGUUUUAGAUGGGGUUAAACAUUCUCACUCAGGUAUGCUGUGCCGGCUACAGGUUGUGAAUGUGUUUUUAUUCUGAAUUACUUUAGAAAACAACUGAGGAUUUCGUAUUGUGAAACCGGACAAGUCCACGGCGUGAGCGGCUGCAUAUAGAACAUGUUCAAAAGGCCUCGGAAUUCCAUUUUUUUUCCAUGUGUAGAAUUCAACUUUGAAUGUGCCAAACUUUUUUCAUAACUUUUGAAUCUUAACUAUUUUGAAAGUCUUACAGGAGACACUGCAAAGUCUUAGACAAUCUUUGGCAUCUUAAAAUAAAAUAGCAAACCACAUUUUUUUUUCCAGAAAAUGGUGAAGUACUCAGGAAUCUGGAGACAAGAUAUUGUAAGGAAUGAGCAAGGCUGCCACAGUGCACAAACCCAAUUGUGUUUGCCUCUUGAUGUGCCAUCAGUGUGUGGCGUGGGAUGACAUAGGUCAGAGCAGUCACCACACCAGUCUCCACACGGUGGGCUCCCCUAUCUGAGACCGCCUCUCACUACACCCAUUCUUACCUUGCCUUUUGCCCUGACAUUCAAUCUUAACACAUUGUUCUCUUAAAUAAUUUAUUCAUUCCAGAAUGUCAAGGGUCCACUUACUAUUUAUUUUAAAAUUUAUUGGUGGCAUUAAUUUAAUAUUUUUUUUGCCCUCCUUGCCCUUUAACCUCUUUUUCCUGCUGGAUACAGAAGAUGUACAUAGCAAUCUCAUGUCCCCAGAACCCCUGGAAACCUUUCCGAAGUGAUGCUAGCACAUGCAUAUAUUGUUAUUUUUAAAGACCAGUGUAUAUCUGGCUGCAGGAUCGCACAUCUGCGUCAAGGUGUCCUGCAUUUAAACAUGUAUGCCCCCAGGAGCCACUGUGACCUCAAGUCUUUGACUAGAGUCUUUCCCUCAUUCAGUUUUUCAGUAGAACAUGAGUUCCAUUCAGCAGUGAGGGUCAGCAAUGGUUACUGCCAGACAAGGGGCCUCUCAGAGCCACUCUGAAGCCCAAGGACCAUGGGCCACACAGGGGUCUACAUUGGAGCUGGCAUACUGUCACCUUUACUGAGCUACCUGGUCCCAGCUGGCACAUCCAUGGAGAUCUUUGCAAAAUCUACAAGUUGUUAGACAACUCAAAGGAAAGACAGGGUGAAAGGAAGCCGCAGGGAAGGGAAGUAUGGAUGUGCUGCCAGCUCCUAGCGACAGACAGUGGAAGUACCCAUCAGCUCGCUCCUCUGAAGACCUCAGUUCUCAGUGGCUGCUUGUGAACCCUGCUGAUCAGCUCUGGCCACUCACGGUGAGCUCUGGAGAUGAGACAUGCCGCAGGGCUGAGAGCUAUCAGGGCUCCCUCUCCCAUCUCCUAACUACAGGCAGUUCUUCUGAGUUGUGAGUUUGACCAUCCUGAACCAGGCCUGUUGCUUACAGGGAGCCUUACCCAGAGCCCUUCAGUGGGAGGCGUCAGUGAACAGUACAGCCUGACACCUAAGCACCAGGACAAAGAGCAGCUCCAUCAAAAAUUGAGCCAUUUUGUCACUUGGGAAAAAGUAGUAAAGCUUCAUAUUUAUUUAAAGAGUGCUCUAGGCCAUGCCUAAUAGCAAUAAAUAGGUCUAGCCAAGAGAUGACCAGCCGAGUCAUGAGCUGUGAGUGCUCUCCAUAAACUGUUUAAGGUACUGCUAGGAGGUUUUGUUCUUAUAUUAACUGGGGAUUGGGACUUUGUUCUUGUACAUUGAUUUCAUAUGAGGAGGAGGUCACUUUUCAAAAACAAAAUGAGUAUUUAUUAUGUCUUACUGAUCUCUUGGACGCUCUCUCUCUUCCUUAGUUUCUCCUCAUGCUUCCCCACUUUCUCUUUGGCUUCUGCUCCCAUUGCUAUGUUUGGUUUUGUUUGUUUGUUUGUUCUUUUUUUUUAACCUGUGCUGCAUAGGUAGACUAUUGUAUGGCUAGCAAUGUAUUGUAUGUAAUUAAUUUUGCACAAAGGCAAACAUUUAGCACAGUAGUUAAUUUUGUUUGUUGUUUAUGACCAUGCCAAAAUAAUAUUCUGGGCUAGUAGAGAACAAAAGACUGUUCUUUAGGAUUGAAACUUGAUUUUGCUUGUAGUAAGAAAAAGAAAACGAAAAAGAAAAAAAUCCCACACACUCACAGAUGUCGUUUCGUAAGUGUUGCAAGCACUGGAUGUAAAUGGUAUUUUUAUCACUGACUAAUGUGAAACUGGUAUAGAAACUACAUGAACAAGUCACCUGUUCUGACUCGUGUGGGCUCGCCUCACAGUUGCCAGAUCUGAGUCAUUUUUAUGUCUUGUUAUUUCAUUUAUUUAUGCAAAAUACAUGUAUGUAGGAACACUCUGUGUCAGCUCCAGCUCAGCCUCAGCACUGGGGCCCAGUAACUUCUAGCCAUAUUCUCAAGUACGAAAACUGUCCGGGAAUGACUGGGUAUGAAUGCCUCUUUCAUUGGCUCAGACAGUGAUGCUGUAUUCAAAUCUAAAUUUUGUGCAUACACAGUUUAUUCUAUUUAUUAGCCACACUUGGCUCUAAAUAUCCAUGGGAAUGGAGAAUGACAAUCACAGAGAUCAUUUACAUCAAUGGGGCUUAAGCAAAGUUUUUAUGACUUCACCAUCUCAUUUUUAGAGUUUUCUAAUUGUGUAAAUAUAACAUAGAAAUAGAAUUUAUUUUUGGUUCAUGAAUUCCUAGUGACAUAUAAGUUAUGUAUCUUCUUUCUGUUCUCUAUUCAUAUGUGUUGCUCCACACUAAAAGCUGGUCUGUCACAUUUAGUGUGGACAGAGAAUUAUCAGCUUCAGUGAGGCAGUGUCCCACCCCCAGCCAAGACAGCAGGACCCUACCUGGUUCUCACACAGUCUGGAACCCACUGGUCCCCCAGCCCAGACUCCCCCUAUUUCUAUACAGAAAGCUGAGGAGUUACACACACUGAGUUUCCAGCAGAGCUAAGACAAAGUCAGUUUGCUUUGCGAAUCCAGACCCAUCUGUCCACAUAGCUCUGUGGCCCUAGAAUGGCAAGAAGCAGGAGUUGCAUUUCAGAGGUGAAGAUCCGCCUGCAAGGUUAGUAUAAAUCCCAUAGCACCAGCCAAGGGCAAUCGGAAAUCACCUUCUUGCAAUGUUUUGUUCUCUGUUUUCCACUAACUUUAAAUAAAAGCCCAGGUUUGUCUCCAUCAAAGAACUCACAGGAUCAGGUCUUUCUUUGUCAAAUGAAUAGCAGUAUUGAUAGACAACCUUCUUACUAAUGAACAGGCUCUAUGAACUAGGAAGGAAGGCAGAGUGGAAGGAAUACAGGGACACAGAGAAAAGGUUCAUCCAUGGACAUGAGAAGCCUAGUUGGCAGUUUCUCUUCCUCACUGGCAAAUUCCAGGCCAUGUUGUUUUCGAAAACACUCUCUCAACCUUUCAGGUUUGCAUCAUGUGCUAUUUGAUACCUUCUAGCCUGUCCUCAGCCUGCAUUCCUUUUCCAAGGCCUGAUACUGACUCCCAGGCCAGCUUCUAAAUUCAGGUGUGGGUUCACAGUGCUAUUCUACUUGUUAAAUGCUGGCCUUCUCUAGACAUUUGCCCUAUGUGAGCCGGGAGUGCUAAAACAGGGUGUGAUUCCUCUAGGGCUGACACAGGGCUCCUGUAGAGCCAGGCUGCAUCUCCACUAUACAUUCUCCUGAGCCAGGGGCUCAGCACUCAAGGAUGACCACCUCCUUCAGUAGAAACAUGGCCUGGUCAUGCUGAUGCCACGGAGGAGGGUGUUGCUCUCCAGUCACUCAGUUCCAAUAAACUGACUUUCCAGCUCCUUGGGGAAAGGCAACACACAUUAUUUCAUAGUUUUGAGCCAUAGAAGUCCUGUACCAAGUGCCAACAACAGUGAAGCUCUGUGUCUAGAAGAAUCAGUUGAGAUGAUGGCUGGAUCUUCCUCUUUACUGAGAAAGUGGCAACCACAUUGGCUAUGCCCUUGCCUGGUGUGCACAUUUCCUCUAAGGCUCGGGCUGACACUUGAGCUCACUCUCAAAGUGUAACAACAGUGGUGACCUGGCUUGUCCCAUUUGCCCUGCUUUUUUUUUUUUUUUUUUUUUUUUGUCCUCUACCCCUGACAUGGCUUCUUUGUGAGCAGAUAUUCCUCCUGCCAAUCACAUUGUUUCUGAUGCCACACAUGAUCGUGGGUCUGCACAGCAAAAAUAGAUAGAAAAUCAUGACAUUGCAAGCAUAGUUCUUUUCUGUCCCCAUCCUGUCCUUUCCAAAUACCUGUAAACUGGCACUCAAGGGCAGAGGCAGAGUGAGGGGAGGAGGGAUGGAAAGUCAAGGCUCCCUGCAGAUUCCCUUCUAUUGAGAAAGAAGCUGGUGGAAGGCAAGUAGGUGAUGUUUCUUGCUGGUCUUAUUUCCACAGAACUGUAGGCAUAGAGCAGGGCUUCGAUGUGCGGCAGUCUUGGAGUCUGGGGAAUGUGCAAACAUUUCAUUGCCAUUGCUACACAUCACAGGUCUGCUGGUGUGCGUCCUCCAUUAUCUUUCCUCACCAAGGAGCAUUGACUCUCUCCCCCUUUAAAACUCAGCCUUCGUUGUGUCCUUCUCCAGCUGGUAGCACAUUAGGAUGGUUAGCACUUGUUUUUGCUCAUUCUUGUAUUUGCCAUGUACAAUUCUGAAUUACCCUGUACGAGCCUCUAAGCUGUUACUACAUAACUCAUCUUACUGUAACUCUUUUCUUUGCCUACAUUGUAAUUUGUUUGUGAUGUAUAUUGUGAGAUUGUAUUCUAUGUUAAUUUAAUCAGCACAACUCACUGACAUGCUGGACUGACAUGCUGGCUGCUGUUUUGAAGUGUAAAGCUUGUGUAGGGCUGUCCGGACAACUACAACUCUGUUGUCAAGGUACUGUGCAUUGGUUCCCAUAGCAACACUGUGGGUGUGAACCUUGAAACUCUAGGGACACUCGGCACACCCUCCAGCAAAUUUUAAGUGCAGAUUUUCUUUGUUGAAACUCUAUGAAUACAACAGGUACCUACGUGGCCCAUGACUGGUAACUAUUUUGGGCAAUUAGAAAAACAAACAAGCAUUAAAAAACUAGUGUCUAUUGCUGCUUUGAAUAUGUUUGAAAGUCUGAAAAUGUAAAUAGUUUAUCAAAAAAAAAAUCUUGUACAGUCCAGUGUAAAGUUUUUAAAUGACCUGAAGGGUUUCCGUCACAGCUUUCGCGCACUCUCCUCUGGAUAGCGAUAAAGAGAAGUUUGCUAAGGACUUAAAGAAUUGGGGGGAAAAUAACAACAGAAUCUCUUCAAAUGGAAAGGAGUGGAUCACUGCCCCUAGCUUUGUCACAUACACAGACCUCUUGGAUCUUGUUGGACAGUAUUGGCAUGAGACAAACUCAGCAUGGAAUACCCUCCAGUGGGACUUGUCCAGGGCUUUCCUGCUCUGCCUCACAAUUAAGGGACAGGAUGAGAUAGAAAGGCGUGCCGUCUUUGUCUAUCCUGGAAUAUGUUGGCACCUUAGCUACUUUCCCCCUCUUUGCACAAGGUGCUUUCCCGAUAUGUGUUAGACACGCCAUCCUUGGGUGAUAAUGUAUAUGCCAUGAGAGGGCUCAGGCCCGCGGGGAGUGUCUAUAGGAACUGCCUAUUUAUGCUCAUUUACCUCAAGACUGUCCUCUACCCUAAACUAGUUGUCAUCACUCCAUCUUUUGUACUGCUGUUGACACUUACCAAUUAAAGAUAAAUUUUGUUUUAUGA